AUGAGUAUACGGAUAAAUGCAACGGUCAACGAGGCCCGGGCUGCUGCGGGGCACAACAGGGAACAAUGGGACCGAUUCUAUUUUAUAACCAAGGACGAAGCGAAGCGGCUCGCCGAGGCACACGAGGAGUGGGCAAGGUGGAUCCUGAUACCCGCAAAUGAGAAGGAGCAGAUGCUGGAAAGGAUCAACUGUCGAUUGCAGGCCGAAGGCAUACCGCCAGUUGAAAUGAUCAUCCUGAAGUGGCGGGUCUCGCAGCUGUUGAGAGACAUCCAGCGCAAGUACACCGAAGGCAGUAUGACGAAAGGAAUGCAAGGCUCGCUGUCCGGGUCGGCGAUGCAGGUGCAGACACGGUCGGCGGACAGCAGCACGCAGCCAUCGUCAAGCCCCCAGCGCUCGGAAUAUUCGCCAAGCGAGACCCGCCCGUACGACCCGAUCCGGGAUGUGUAA